UGAGGGCAAGCAAACCCAUCAUGAGCAACUCCCUUCCCCAUCUCUGCUCACCAUGUGGAUGCUGAAAUGGUUCCUGGUCCUGCUUCUGUGCCUCACCUGCAGCUAUGCCUUUAUGUUCUCUUCCCUGAUAGAGAAAACUAGCGAACCCCAGGGGAAGGUGCCAUGUGGAGGGCACUUUCGGAUUCGGCAGAAUCCACCAGAGCACACCCAAGGCUGGCUUGGGAACAAAUGGCUCUGGCUUCUGUUUGUUGUUGUGCCGUAUGUGAUACUGAAGUGUCGAGGAGACAGUGGGAAUAAAAAGGAGCAGAGUCCUCCUGGCCUUCGAGGCAGCCAAUUUCGCACUCCACUAAAGAAAAGUCAAAAUGCUUCCCCCAACAAAGACUGUGCGUUCAAUACCUUAAGCCAACUCGAGGUGGAGCUUGUGAAAUUUGUGUCCAAGGUGCGGAAUCUUAAGGUUGCCAUGGCAACAGGUGGUGGCAGCAACCUCAGGCUUCGAAGGUCAGUGAUGCCUGCAGAUCCACACAAUAAUAUCACGAUCUAUGAAAUUUGGGGAGAAGGCGGCUCUAACUGA